AUGCCCGUACCUGGAGCACGAGCUAUACCUUGGGAUCGAUUUCUGGAGGAAAUUCGCGUUGGCACCGGCUAUCCUCGGAGAGAUACCAGCAACGAAACCGAAGGCGAACGUAUCAGCCAACACUUGCAUCAGGCCUACGAGCGGAGCAGCCGGCAAUACAACAAGCGCGCCCGUGAGUUCCACGUGAAACCAGGCCAAGAAGUGUUCCGGCGUAACUUCACCCUGAGCGAUUUCGGGAAGAAUUACAACGCCAAGUUCGCCCGGAAGUUCGCGAGAUGUCGAAUCAGGAGGCCGGUCGGGAACAACAUGUUCGAGUUGGAGGACCUGGCGGGGAAACCUAUUGGCAUCUACCAUGCGAAAGACCUGCGGCUGUAAGGGAAGAACGACACGCUCAAGAUAGGGACAAAGCAGGAUGCUUACCGUGGGUGUGGCCUACGUUGGGGUAACCCAGGAGCAAAGGGGCAAGGGCCGAUCGCCGGGUGAACACCGCGGAGCGUGUCCGAGUUUUUUUGUUUCCAUAAUUUGUUUGUUUACGUGUUGGUGUGGAAUGUUCGCGAAUAUUCCCCUCCCUAUUCGAUUGGCGAAUUUUCGCGUGGUGUUGCAUUCUGACGGUGAUCGAUAGCCGCGGGCGAAAGAAAUAUCGUCUGGAAUGAGCACCUAAGGCGAGUUUGGCAGUCCCUAGAGGAGAAGGGGAAAGUGGGAUGGAUGUAGAGCGCCCCCUACCGUCCACACCCAAGAAAGGGGAAGUGUGGAUGGUAUGUGGAGAGAGGAGAACACCGACGAAGUGCAUCCACACACACUAAGACGGGAAAUGAGCACUGGCAUUGGCCUUGAAGUCGGUUCUCGACCUAUGUGAAGGAAAAGGAGAAAUCAAAAGAAUAGGAAAGGGAACCGGCAGAGCCGAACCCAUAAAUAGGGCGAGGUGACCGCCAUGUGGACCAGAGAAAAUUUGGGAAUCAGACGACCCGC